UUUAUUUUGAUCCUUAGAGUUCCUCAGUCUUAAACUGAAUCUCAGCCCUUACUUCUUGUAAAAUGUAAAAGUAGCUUCAGUCUAUCCACAUUCUUCCUUUAGACUUGUCGGUUGAAGAUGGGUGUUACCAUUAUGCAAAUUAGUGUAAGACUUGAGAGUCUACAUUCUUCUGAAGGAAUAAGUGCUCAGAGCACAUUUUCUGGAAGUUGAACGCACACAGUCACUGUGACUGAGAGCAGAAAUGGAGCAGACUAAGCUGGACCGAGAAACUUUCCGUUGUUCGAUCUGCCUGGAUCUACUGAAGGUUCCAGUGACGAUUCCCUGUGGACACAGCUACUGUAUGAACUGUAUUAAAAGUCACUGGAAUGUGGAGGAUCUGAAGAGAAUAUACAGCUGCCCUCAGUGUCGGGAGACAUUCACACCAAGGCCUGCUUUGAAGAAAAACAUUGUGUUUGCAACUGUAGUGGAGGACCUGAAGAAGACUGGACUCCAUGCUACUCCUGCUGAUCACCGCUAUGCUGGACCUAAAGAUGUGGCCUGUGAUUUCUGCACUGAAAGAAAACUGAAAGCCAUCAAGUCCUGUUUAGUAUGUCUGGCCUCUUACUGUGAGAAACACCUUCAGCCUCAUUAUAAUUCAGACACAUUUAAGCAACAUCACCUGGUGGAGCCCACCAAGAACCUCAAGAAGAACAUCUGCUCUAAGCAUGAUCAUGUGAUGAAGCUGUUCUGCCGCACUGACCAGAAGUGUAUCUGUAGCUUCUGUUUAAUGGAUGAGCAUCAAGGCCACAACACAGUGUCAGCUUCAGUAGAAUGGACUGAGAGGCAGAGAGAGCUGAAGAAGAGACGAGGAAACAUCAAGCAGAGAAUCCAAGACAGAGAGGAAGAUGUGAAUCUGCUUCAACAGGAGGUGGAGGACAUCAAUCACUCUGCUGAUAAAGCAGUGGAGGACAGUGAGAAGAUCUUCACUGAGCUGAUCCGUCUCCUCCAGAAAAGAAGCUCUGAUGUGAAGCAGCAGAUCAGAUCCCAGCAGGAAACUGAAGUGAGUCAAGUUAAAGAUCUUCAGGAGAAGCUGGAGCAGGAGAUCACUGAGCUGAAGAGGAAAGACGCUGAGCUGAAGCAGCUCUCAAAGAUAGAAGAUCAUAAUCGGUUUCUCAGCGGUUACAGUUCAGUGUCAGUAUUUAGUGAGUCUACAUCCUCAUCCAGCAUCAAUAUUCAUCCUCUAAGAUACUUUGAGGACGUCAUAGCAUCUGUGUCAGAGCUCCAAGUUGAACUACAGGACAUUCUGAGAGACCCAUGGAAAGGAAGCUCACUGAGUCUCACUGAGGUGGAUGUUUCACUCUCAGAACGAGAACCAAAAAGCAGAGCUGGAUUUUUAAGACUUUCAUGUGACCUAACACUAAAUCCAAACACUGCAAAUUCAUGGCUGGUGCUAUCACAAGGGGACAGAAAGGUGAAAAGGAUGGGUGAACCUCAGUUUCUUUCUAGUCACCCAGAAAGAUUCACUCAUUGGCGACAGGUCCUGAGUAGAGAAAGUCUGACUGGAUGUUGUUACUGGGAGGUGGCUAGGAAAGGAAGAAUUUAUGUAGCAGUCGCUUACAACAGUAUGAUCAGAGCAGGAAGAAGUAAUAAAAGUUUAUUUGGAGCUAAUGACAAAUCAUGGGCAUUGGAUUGUUGUUUGCACAAUUUUAAAUUUGGUCACAACAACAACUGGAAAUCCAUCUCAGGUCCUCGUUCCUCCAGACUCGGAGUGUUCCUGGAUCACAGAGCAGGUAUUCUGUCCUUCUACAGCGUCUCUGACACCAUGACUCUGAUCCACAGCGUCCAGACCACAUUCACUGAGCCGCUACAUGCUGGGCUUUGGAUUGGUUUUGCAUGUCAGGCAGAGCUCUGUGAACCCAAAUAGACAAAAUCCAGAAAAUUCUGUGAGUUUCAAGCAGAUUUUUAAUUCUCUAACAGAUUUUGUUGAUUGUUUUUGAAUUGUGUCUAAACUAAUCAGACAUCAAUAGUCAGAGAUUAUCAGGACUUGUGUGUCUUCAAACCUGACAUGUUGGUUCUGUUGAAUUUGUCAUUUUUUUUUACAUACACAUACAUAUCUCUAAAACAGCGAUUAACACAAGACUGUUUGCUAUCUUUUACUCCUUGUUGCUUUUAGUUGCAAGACUUUGAACUCAGUAAUAAAAUGACAAAUUAUUUCUCUGGUUGAAAAAGUGAAAAAUGUUUUAUGAUUAAGAUUUUGUUUUGACACAUUUUGUUGAGUCCUGACAGACAUGAGACAACAGAUAUACCGUAGUCUCUGGGAUCUAAGCUGAUUUCAUGUCUUGUUGAUUUUUUUAAAGGAGAAACUUCAGAGAAAAAAAGCUUUCACAUGUCUUCACUGGUUAGCUCUGUUAGUGAUGGGAUGCUGCCCCCUACAGGAAGAUUUUGGUUUUACAUGGCAAUGAAUCUAGGGUUGUUUAACAUUGAUUUAUUAUUAUUAGUUAUAUUUUAGGAAUAUAUGUUUUAAUCACUGUAAAUAAAAUUCCAAAUUAA